AUGAUCCAGAGGCUGGAUACUCUUCCUUUUGAUGUCUUCUAUCACAUCGCUACGUCGCUGGACGACCGCGAUCUCAUCCACCUCAGUCGCGUCAAUCGUGCCCUUCACUCCAUCACACAAAGCGAGCAAAUCGCCCGCAAAACAGUCGAGAAUGGCCUACUCCACAGCAAGGAAGGUCAGGCGGCAAUGACCGCCCAGUCGGGUUAUCGCAAGGCGGUUGGUCUCCGCUUUGCCGUCCACGAGGCUGUUGCCACGGCAAACCCUUACUCCGUCGCCUGUGUAGGCUACGCCGCCAGUUUCAUCUAUAAUCAGGGUCAUUUGGCCUACCGCUGCCAGAACCACAUCCGCGUGCUGCACGUCCAUGGUGUCGCGACCAGCGAGCGCGUCCUUGACCUCACCCAGGUCUUACCGCACCCACUUCACACGGCAGGGCCGGUACCAGCCGAUAAUGUUACUUUAUUAAGCUACAGUGAUGACACCCUCGUCUUCCAAGUUACAGGCGUGAGCGCCACGGAGGAUGCCUUAUUUGUCAUCGACAUGAGAAGAUCAUCCCGGCCCCGGCCAGUGUUUCAUCGCUCUAUCCCCGCGUCAGCCCCGAUCUUCGUACGACAUACUCGCUCAUAUCUCUGGUAUGGCACAUUCACGGCGGCCGAUGGCUCCGAUGGCGUAUGGACAAUUACGGGCGUGGACUUAGAAACGGGUGUGCGCAUUGGAAUUCAACUCGACCGCAUCGUGGACGGCGAUCUUGGGCAGACUUUGUGCUUUGAGAUGCACGAUGAGCAUCUAUAUGCCGUGUCAACGCAGGUCGCUUCAGAUGACAGCGAGAUCCACUCCUCUUUCUAUCAUUGGUUCUGCUUUGCGCCCCGGGAGUCAGGUCGCAAAUGGAAUGGUCGCUUCUGGCGCCGUGAGCAUCAGGAAGGCCCUAUCAAUGAAAUGUGGACUGACCUUUCAAUUCGAAAGGAUGAAAUGACGGGUCAACCUGUCAUCCUUGAAUGUCGUCGCGAAUGGCGCGAUGGCAAGACGACUGCCGGCGCCGGAAGAAGCUCUGGCGCCUCUUUCGGGGGUGCGAUGACUACACCGUCCUGGGUCUCAAUGGACGGUGAUCUAGCGCCCUGCAAAAGGCUGCGCCGUCAUUACCACGCCGAAUAUGAAUCCGGCUCUACAAAACGACAAGAAUUCAUACCCGCGCGUACCAAGCACCGCAGCUACCACCUCGGCUCAUCCACAUUCGUCGACCUCGUCAACGACCCUGCCAGCGACGGUCUACGUUCACGAGAUAGACUUCGCCUCCGCACUGUUUCACGAAAGCGCAAGUCCCCCAUCGACAAAGAUGGGACCGAAGGCUACCCCAACAGACUCUUUCAACCUACUCAAACAGACGCAGUUGGCCGUCCAAUUGAGGGCUCCGAAGAGCGAUUUGAAUGUCGCGGCGUUCACAUGUGGCCACCAGAGAAUGCCACAGCUGUUCAACAAUUACUCUGUCCCAGCACGCGCAUCGGUUCUGUCAAGAGCACCGCUGAUGAGCGCUCGAUUAUCUACUCAAUUGACGCACCUGGACUUCCCUCAAAUCACCAAGCUCUCAUCCUCAUCAGCUUUGAUCCCAACAUUCGACUCCCAACCCUUAACCCUCUCCCCACGCCCGAAGAUGCCAUCGAUACAUGGGCCGGGGACAAAUUUCUCGAUGUCCCUCUUCCGUCUGUGUAUCCAUCAUCUAACAUGGUGGAAGAAUCAUUACCCUAUUACAUGAAAAUCAAACAUGGCUAUAUGCUACGUUAG